AUGACUGCAUCAAAGGAUGGUGCUAGUUUCACCAACAUCUCUGUAGAGGAGCACUUUAGGGUCUCUCAAUCAAAUCACGGUGGACAGUUUGUAGGUCCCACAGAAGAAUUUUCCACGGCGGCUAAUGCCCUUAUCGGGAGGUCGGCAAGAUUGACGGAGGCUCUCAAAGCAGCAUCCAUUAACGUCGGCUACAAGCCUGUGGAAACCAGAGACUUAGCUGCCAUAAAAGAGGUGGAAGCUAGAGCUACUGGAGAGAGCGGCGGUAGUAUAACAGCCGUGGCAAAUGAGGCGGUUACUCGUAACAAAAAGAUAGGUAAAGAAGAUGAGAAUAAGAUUCAUCUGCGCGAUAUUAUCGCGGAGAUUGAUGUGAAGAUAACAAGAGAUAGAUCAGUAACAAGUGAAGACGCGGAAGCAGUGGUUCAGGCUGAGCUCACUCAUCCUCCCUACAACCAUAUUAUUCCUGGAGGCGUCGCUGAGUCUGUCACUGCAGCUUAUAGAUUAAAUCGCAGUCCCUCUCUAUGA